CCUCCUCCUCUUCAUCGAUCGCUGCCUCCCAGCGCGCGAGUGGCCGUGCGGCUCUGCUUCUGUCCCAGUCGGCCAGCAGUCAUCUCUGGACACUGGCUCAAAUUGAUGGCGACCACACCGGCCAGCAAUUCAGACCGAAGACCGCUCAGGAGGCUCCGCUCCACGAGCGACAUCCCAUAUCUGGUUGAAGCCAGAAGAUCUUUCAAUCUGCGGACAGCUGAGGAAGUAGAGCGGCUGUCUGCCAUGCGCUCCGAGUCCCUGGUUUCUGGCACACACACUCCRCCCAUCCGUCACCGGAGCAAGUUUGCGACUCUUGGCAGACUCCUCAAGCCCUGGAAGUGGAGAAAGAAGAAGAGUGAAAAGUUCAAGCAGACAUCUGCAGCUUUGGAGAGGAAGAUGUCCCUGCGACAGAGCAGAGAUGAACUCAUCAAGAGAGGAGUUCUGAAGGAGAUCUUUGAAAAAGCUACUGUUGAAUUCCGAUCCUCUAUGGAUGGCAGCAUUUGCCCUCAGGAACCCUCCAUGAAGACAUCUAUGGUCCUGCCCACCAAGAAAUCUGUAUCUUUUCCAAAUGACCAUCAGGAGACCCCAGCCAAGCCCCCACUUUACCACAAGCAGCCUCCUGCCCUGCCUCCAAAGCCUUUCUCUAGGAUCCCAAACCAUAGCACAGAUUCUUGCCAGCCAAUGAAGUUGCCCUGCAUGCCCGGGGCAAAGCACUCCCCACCCUUGCCUCCUAAGAAAGUGAUGAUCUGCGUGCCUCCAGGCGGGCUGGACUCCUCGCCGUCACCYUCCCUAAACCCCCUCAGCACGCUCCCGCCAAAGUGYGCGCCUCCCCAGGGUUUGCCGUCUCACCACGGCACGCUUCUGCCCUCCCAGCUCGCCGGGCUGCCCGGGCUCCACCAGAGCCACGGCCACCCGCUCCAGCUCCAAUACGGCGGCCUGCACGCCCCCAGCCGCAUCAUAGAGGAGCUCAAUAAAACCCUGGCACUAUCCAUGCAGCGGUUUGAAAGCUCUGCUUUACUGGGCAGUGUUCAGUGUGCUCCCUUGGACAGGAGAGAAGUGCCAUCAGUGAUAAUCGAGUACGAGGACGACAAGGAGAACAUGCCGAACGAGUCUGAUUAUGAAGACCUGCCCAGUAUGUACAAGGAUGAAGAGGAUGAUGUGGAUGACGAUGAGGAAGAUGACGAAGACGACGACUCCAUAUUCACAAGUACUCUGGCUAAGAAAGUGCUACGAAAAGAUUCUCUGGCCAUCAAGCUGAGCAAUCGUCCAUCAAAAAGAGAGCUGGAGGAGAAAAACAUCCUGCCUAUGCAGACGGAUGAGGAGAGGCUGGAAUCAAGGCAGCAAAUAGGCACCAAACUCACAAGGCGCUUGAGCCAGAGACCAACAGCAGAGGAACUAGAACAAAGAAACAUCCUCAAACCUCGCAAUGAGCAGGAGGAGAUGGAGGAAAAGAGGGAAAUAAAGCGAAGGCUGACACGAAAGUUGAGCCAGAGGCCCACUGUAGAGGAGCUGAGACAAGCCAAAAUUCUUAUCAGAUUCAGUGACUAUGUAGAGGUCUCGGACGCCCAGGACUAUGACCGGCGAGCCGACAAACCCUGGACCCGACUCACGGCGGCUGAUAAGGCAGCAAUCAGGAAAGAACUCAACGAUUUUAAGAGCAACGAGAUGGAAGUCCAUGAGUCAAGUCGUCAUUUAACCAGGUUUCACAGACCAUAGUAGACCACAACUGUCUCGAGCAAUCCAGUCUGCUCCUCUGGAGAACCUUAAGUGCUGGACAGUGAAACGGUGCCCGUCUCUUCAAUAAGGCCAUGUAUUCUGAAAUGCCUUUUCAGGAUUUACACAUCUGAGUCAGCGCUGCACACCAAKAUGCUGACAGCCACUGUUCAGUCCCUUAUAGUAGCACAAAACAACUUUAGGUAAUGCACAUUGCCCCUGUAAGGGSCUCAUUCAACUGUCUCUUAAACCUCUCCGCUGAGCUCUCCGGCUGGCGCUCAGUGGUGUGGAGACUGGACAGCCGAAGAGUCCUCGUUUGCRGUUGAUUGACACAUGCGGCAAACCUACUUGGGUUCAACAACACCACCACACCAGUGGACUUGUCUCAGUGGACAUGUUUUUAAUCCCCUCCUCUCCAUUAGGCUGUCACUAUGAACUCUAUUUAGCUCUUGUGGACAAUCCUGAGUGAGGAUGAAGAGYUAAUUGUUCCAAGCUGAUUAAGUGAGAAGAGACUCCAUCUUUACUGUUCCUGCUGGGAUUUUAGAAAGAAACAUAAAAGGAGGAAAAGCCUCCAGCAUUAGAAUCAUGUGCAAUUUUUUUUUUUCCUUCUGCUUUUCCAAGACUACAGCGCCCUCUGGAGUUGUGAGUCCAAUAUAGUCCUGAUCCUGCUCCUCCAUAUGUGCAAUUCUAACUGUAACCAGCAAUGCUGACAUCUAAUUGCUAACUGUGAAUUUGAGAGUCUGGACAAUUGCCAGACUCUCUCCAGAUGUAUAUUUUGUUGAUACUCAAGAAGGAAGGUUAAAUUUAAGGAAUAAAAAAAAAAUCAUGUUUAGAUGACUUUUAUUAAUGUCUUAUGCAUUUUACAGUUAAAUUUGCAGCUCACAGAAAUUUUCUGAUUUUAGUGUAAAACUCUUUUCUUUUUUUUCUUUUUUUUAAGUUGGUCAAUUUUAAUGUUUUUAAUAGAAGCACUUCAACCAUAAACACCUUAUUUAAAUGUCUGUAUGCAUUCCAGCGCUUUGAAGAGAGUAUUAAGUGAUUGCUUGCCACAUUUCUCUUUUUUUAUUAUUUUUACGUGUAUUUGCUUAUAUAUGUUUAUUCUUGGCUCGAAAUGUGCACUGUAUUAUACACUUUAAUUUUAUACUUACGAUAUGUCCCUGAAGCUUUUAACAAAGCAAUACCCUUUGUAGAGAGGAGGUUCAGAUGAAUUCUCCCCCCACCAUUUGUAUGUUUUUUGUUUUUUUUUUUUUCUGUGCAGAUACGCUUCUGUCUUCAGGGUCUAACAGUUUGUUUUAUAUGGAUGUUUGCUUCAGAGUUUUUGCGGAGCAAUUUUUCCUUAAAGGAUCAUGUAAAAUCUGCCUGGAUAGCUUUACCAACACGUUCGGACAAGGUGCAAUGAAAGUGUCAUGGCUUGUGAUGCACAGUGUAUUUAACGGGCUCUGACUUUACCCUGUUCUGAGUGACCAUUUUGAAGACCUUUUACUGCUUACGUACUUUGUACUGUUAAGAGUUCAGCUUAAUUUAUUUUAUUUUUAUUUUUUUCAGAUUUGUAAGUUUUUUUUUUGUUUUUUUUUUUUUAACUGAUCCCUAUGCCAGUAUUUCAAGACUUAUUCUUUUUGCUUAUUUUUUUAAAUUAUUUUUUCUGCUGUAUUACUUUAAAAGUUGCAAAAGAAAUUUUCAUCAGCAGCAGAGAUUAGAAGCUGCUCCUAUUGUGAUUCAUCUCUGUAAAGGAACAUGGGUUCUGUAUUAUUUUAAAAACCUAAGCAGUGUUAGGUGAACUGAUGGUAUCUGGGGAUGAAAAACAUUACAUUUCUUUGUUCUGCAUGUGUUUUAUAUGCCAGAAAAGGGGUGUUGUUCCAGUCAUCACUCUUAUCCAUACCAUAAGUAUUGGAAAACAAUCCUGAUUUGAUUAUGCCAUGUCUUCUUACACACACAUGCAGUGUUUUAUGUUGAAUUCACUUUCUGCAGAACUGUAGUUGGUCCCCUUUAAAAAAAACAAAUAAAAAAAAUAUUUGCAGGUUCAGAAAAUGGAGCAUUAUAGAAAUGAACACGCAGUAUUUUGAAAUUGUUAAAACACRACCAGAGCCAGUGGAUCAAGCAUGAGGUUUGGCAUUUUGCUGGAAUAAAGGAACAUGAUAUCAGCAAUAAUCUGUUUCCUUUAACAAGUUGGCGGUGUGACUCAAAGUAGUCUUUGUUUCUUUUGUUUUUGUUUUAAUUCCUGAAAUGCAGAUAACCAUGUAAGGAACACAUCAUGCCAAUAAAAUUCUAUUUCUGAAUGCA